AUGCGCAAUAAUGACCUGCUCAACGGUAAAUUCUUCGAAGGCGGAGGUGCUAAUGACAAGCUCCAAUUGCCGACGAGCAUUCGUCGGGCUAGAUACACUGCGUUUGCUCUGAAGGAAAGAGUUAUUCCAGAGUACAAUGUCACUUUCCAGAUUGCUAAACCGCCACCUGGCCAGCUGAAGCAGCCCGAGCUCAAAUUCCGCAUCCCUCGAUUCCAGAUUUGUGAUGGCUCGAGAGUUGAGGUCUUCGAGACUCAGACCUCGAUCGCCGAAUCUUUGGCGUCCAACGCAUUCAGCCAGACUACGGUUGAAGCAGCAGCAGGUGGAGGAGCCUUCGGUGUGAGUGUGGGUGUCAAAGCAGGGGCCACGACCUCGGAGUCGAGCUCGUUCGCCCAGUCAUCUCUCAAGAAUGAAAGUCGAAUGCACGUGGCUUAUCUGUUUCCUCGUGUUGAGAUCUUCUUUGACGCCGAAGAUCUCGAAUUGACUGCCGAAUGCAUUGAGCACUUGGAGAAACUGCGCGACCCGAAAGCAAAGAAAGAAGAUGCGGAUUCCUUCUUCCAUAAGUUUGGGCACGUGUUUGUCCCUCAUGUUCAACUAGGUGGCCGAUUGCAUUCGGUCGAGUCGACGGAGAGUAUUGCCGGAUCCACGGCUCAAGAGAAGGCAUCAGCACUCAAGGCCGCCGCCAGUGCAUCCGUGUCUGGAUAUGGCUUCCAAGCGUCGGUGAGCGCGAGCCAUGAGACGACAAACAACUCGUCGACCGAGCGGUCCCAGAGCAGCUCGAGUCACUCAAUCACCUGGCAUGCGGACGGCGGUGAUACCUUGUUGUGUAACAACCCCCCUGCCUGGUGUCCUACCGUCCACUCUUUCUACAACUGGCGAGUGAUGAACCAAAUCGGCAUGGUGGACAUCGUCCAACUCAUUGGCAAGAUGAAAAAAUGGGAAGAUAUCCCGGGUCGAAUCGAAGACAUCUACUUCAGUCGAGUUCAAUUCCUGCUUGACCAAUUCGGCGAGGGACAGGCUAGCAAACCUUACCUCGGCAUCAUCGGCAACGAGGAGUACCUCGAACGACCAGAAGCCGGUGGAGGAAACUACUCGCGACGUGCUAAACGCCACGUGCUGAGCAAGUGCCAGACUCUCGACGGUCACAUGAAAGCCACUCUCGAGGUCUACGCGCUACGACACCAGUUGAUUUGGGAGCAACACUCGGGGACAAAAGAGCUCGUUCCAAGGUUCAAAUACGGAACGCAGUAUCCCCUCCGUUUCAACGUCCAGAACGGGGAUCGUUUUGACUUUUACAGUGUGCGUCGAACAACCGCCGCGGAGCACUACCAGAACGAGAAUGUUCUCUACGCCGGCCUGAACGAGGAACCAAACGUUUUGAUUACAUUCCGGAAGAUGAAAGUCGACCCUAAGAAAGAAGGCCACUUUAUCGAGGAUAAUGAUGCGGCCCAACGUGCCGAGCAGAUCGGUUCGCAGGACCGGGUCCGCCUCGACUUUUAUGAUAUCCAAAGCAGGGAGCAUCUUGGCUGGCUGCAGAACAACCCGGGUUUGGCCAUUUUGAAAAACGAAAAGCAGUUGACUGACUCUGAGCGGGCCUACCGUUUCUCCUAUAUCUAA